AUGGUAGAAGACUUCUUGGAAGUGUUCAUGGAUGAUUUCUCUGUUGUGGGUGAUUCAUUUGAUGAUUGUCUUGGCCGUCUGGAUCAAGUGCUGAAAAGAUUGAAGGAAGGAAUCGUCCUCGGUCACAAAAUCUCUGAAAAGGUAAUUGAGGUUGAUCAAGCGAAGAUAGAUGUGAUUGCAAAAAUUCCUCCACCGAUCUCAGUCAAAAAUGUUCGAAGUUUCUUAGGACAUGCUGGGUUCUACAGGUGCUUCAUCAAGGAUUUCUCUAAAAUUCCUAACCCUAUGUGCAAGCUUCUUGAAAAAAAGGCUAAGUUUGUGUUUAAUGAAAAGUGCCGAAAGACGUUUGAUGAAUUAAAGGAGCGCCUCACUACUGCUCCUGUUAUUGUCACUCCUAAUUGGUCCUUGCCCUUUUGA